AUGGAUAUUAGUAAAGUGAAUGAAUAGCAGAAAUUUAUUUCCAAUCUAGCUUUAAUAGAAUUUAAAGAAAUAGACUCAAAAACAAAAUAAAGAAUUGAAACAUAUUCAGGAAUUUAUAAUGAAAUGGUUAUUAUGAAAUAAUAAUUAAAAGAUUCUAAUUAAUCAAAAGACUUAAAAUAAAAUAUACAAGAAAUAAUAAAUCAUUAUGAUAUAAAAAUCGCAGAAAUAAAUUAGAAACAUUUAUUAGAUUUAAUGAAAAAGGAUUAAGAUAAUAAAUAGGCCAUUAUUAAUUUAGAAUAAAAAUAAAAAGAUUAAAUGGAAUAACUUAGAGAAAAUCAUCUUAAAUAAAAUAUUAGUUUACAAAAAGAGUUUGAUGAUUUUAAAAAUUAUUCAGAAAAGGUUAUUCAAAAAUAUAUAAAUUAAAAUGAAAAAGCAAAUUAAAAAAUUUUAGAUUUAGAAUUAUCAAAAGUGAAUUUCUAAUCUGAAGAAAUUACAAUUCAAGUUGAAGAUUUCAAUUAAUUAUCAAAAAAUGAAUAAGAUAAUCUUAAAUAACUUCAAGAAAAUUUGAAAAUCUAUGAGUUUAAAAUUUAGGAAAUUAAACAAGAAAAUGAUAAUUGUUAAGAAAAAUUAGAAAAAAACAACUUAAAUUAAAGGGAUCUAUGA